AUGACCUGGAAGGCGAAGGAUUCCGGUGCGAGGAAUACUACUUAUGGCGUGUAUACGGGCAUUUCCUAUUACAAUGCUUCUACUACUAUUAAGCCAAAGUCUGGUGCGCCGGGCACUAGUUAUGAGGAUGAAAGUAGGUCGUUUGAAGAUGGUACUGAGUAUAUCGAGGGGGAUGCUAUAGAAGAAAAAACACGUGUUGAGCUUGAGUAUGAAGAGAAUCAGUAUCAUGAGAAAGAUUAUGACAGUAAUACAGAACAAGGAGGAGCUCUCGUCGAGUUGGAAUACGAAAAUAAGCCAUAUGAAGAGAACUAUGAAGGGGAUGAUGAUCUUCAGUCAAACGAAAGAAAUCAAUUCAACAAUGAAUCUGCAGCCGAACAAGAAUCCUCAAUUUUGAACUACCAAAAUACCAAUCGCUCUGGUGAUGGUGAAGAUGAAAACUUCAAUCAGCAAUUACAAGGAUAUAGUCAAGGAAGAAGCUUCGAUAAUGUAUACGGUCAAAUAGAUGAUUAUGAUCGAUCCAAAUCUGGAAAUGAGAGUUUUCUUGUGGGAGGUAUUAAUUGUAUUAGGUGUGGUGCUCUUGAUUGUGCGGAUUUUAUGGGCGCGAUGAAGAUGGGAGGUGAGGAUUGA